CUCAGGCUCCCUCCUCCUGCUGGUGUUUGUAGGUCCAUGUCCAUCAUCUACCUCUGGACGGUCAAGUUCGCUGGCGCGUCACAUCCGCACUUGAACCUUUAGCAGCGCAGGAGACUUCGCGUACUUUCUCCUCCACACUUCUCUGUAAGAGGCAAUGAAGCCCAGCGCACGCGUCCUGCUACACGGGUCUCUCCUGUACUGUUAUCUAUAGUUCAUUUGGGAUACUUGAUGCAUCGCUGAAGAUCUUUUCCUCUGGGAUCUCCACGAAUCUGGCUGUUCCCAAUGUGAGCCCGGCUGAGAGCGCGUCCAACAUGUCUCGCCGCAAGCAGGGCAGACCUCAGCACUUAAGCAAGCGGGACUUUUCCCCCGAGCCUGUGACGGCAGAUAUCCCUGAGGACGGGGAAAGCCAUCUCGGAUCGGAACCAUCCACACCUAAAGGCGAUCCGGAUCUUCUCACCUGUGGCCAGUGUCACUCCAGGUUUCCUUUGGCUGACAUACUGCUGUUUAUCGAACACAAACGCAGGCAAUGUCAGGGGCGCUUAUGCACGGACAAAGGUUCAGACGAGCCGUCGUCGCCUCCACGCGCAGACCUGCGCAUCCCCGUGGAGGUGGCUGUUCAGGUCUCACCCCGCGAAGAGGAGCAUUUUGCCUCCACACCACAUGGAUUACGGCCCAAGCAGGAACCUAUGACAGAAAAAGAUGAGCCCAGCAGCUACACUUGCACAACUUGUAAGCAGCCAUUUAGCACCGCCUGGUUCCUGUUACAGCAUGCCCAGAAUACUCAUGGUUUCCGAAUAUACCUGGAAAGUGAACCUGGAAGCCCCUUAACUCCCAGAGUGGCCUCCGCUCCAGGAAUGGGUGGUGACUGUGCCUCACAGCCACCAUUACAUGCUGCCCACCUGGCAGACAGCAGUCCGUAUAGCCUGAUGAGGAUAGCCAACCGGGAAGGCUCGUCAGUUCCUAGAGAAGGACGAUAUCCCAGGACGCCUCCACUCUUCAGUCCCCCGCCACGGCAUCACAUGAGCCCCGAUGAUCUGGCUUUGGCCCCCCACCACCCAAGCGCCUUUGACAGGGUACUGCGUCUAAAUUCGGUACCCCUGGACUCCCCAUCCAUGGACUUCUCAAGACGGCUACGAGAACUUGCAGGGAACUCAGCUGGUUCCUCUCCACCCAUGUCCCCCAACCGGCCCAGCCCCAUGCAACGACUGCUGCAGCCAUUCCAACCAGGGGCUGCCCAUUCUCCCUCCGGACCCCUUUCAACACCCACCCAACAGACACCAACCCCGCCAGCUGUGAAGGCAAAGUCUUGUGAGUUCUGUGGAAAGUCCUUUAAAUUCCAGAGCAACUUAAUUGUCCACAGGCGCAGUCAUACCGGUGAGAAACCCUACAAGUGCCACCUCUGCAACCAUGCUUGCACUCAGGCCAGCAAGUUAAAGCGGCACAUGAAGACUCAUCGACACAAAUCGUCAUCCACUACCUCCAGAUCCGAUGAUGGCCUUUCUACUGCUAGUUCACCUGAACCAGGCACAAGUGAUUUGCUAGGCAGUGCCACCGAUGCUUUGAAAUCUGUGGUGGCGAAAGUCAAAAGCGAGACCAAUGGCAUCCCAGAGAAUGGACAAGAGGUGGAAGAUGAUGAGGAUGAUGAUGAGGAGGAAGAGGACGAAGAAGAGGAAGGGGAGGAGGAGGAGGAGGAAGAGGAGGAAAAUGAGAGUGAGAGCGGAGAGCGGAAUGAUGUCGAUUUCAGCUUGAGCCUGGAAGGUGCACGUCACCAUGAGAACAAUAGACAGCGACACAGCAAAAGUGGAGGGGAGGGAAUUCGAGGUUAUCGAAAUGCCCUAAACCUGUACAAACAAGGGGACCACAGAUCAGCUGGAGAGGCAGGUGGUGAUGACUUCACAAAAGAGUCUGACCAAGCCAACGAGGCAUACGAACCAACGGUAAACGGAACAGCCUCGUACCCAAACGAUGAACUCUCACGAAAACUUCUGGGUGGAAGUCCAGGAUCCGACAGCCCUCUCUCUAAACGCAUCAAGGUUGAAAAAGACCUUGAUUUACCUACUCCUACAAUCCCCAAUGCGGAAAAUGUGUACUCUCAAUGGCUGGCUGGAUAUGCAGCGUCGCGCCAGCUCAAGGAUCCCAUCCUCAACUUCGGGGACUCAAGACAAUCGCCUUUUGCCACCUCUUCAGAGCAUUCCUCGGAGAACGGCAGUCUCAGGUUCUCCACUCCCCCUGACGAGCUGGACGGAGGGACGGCCUCUGGACGCAGUGGCACGGGAAGCAGAUCCAGUACACCCCAUCUUACCACCGGUCGCCCCAGCUCCAAGGAUGGCCGGCGUAGUGACACUUGCGAGUUUUGUGGCAAAGUCUUUAAGAACUGCAGCAACUUAACAGUGCAUCGACGCAGCCACACUGGCGAGAGACCGUACAAAUGCGAGCUUUGCAGCUACGCCUGUGCUCAGAGCAGCAAGCUAACACGGCACAUGAAGACGCACGGACAGACGGGCAAAGACGUUUAUAAAUGUGAGAUAUGUCACAUGCCUUUUAGCGUGUACAGCACUCUGGAGAAGCACAUGAAAAAAUGGCACAACGAUCGGCCCUUAAGCAUCGAAAUUAAAACGGAGUAAAAUUACGCUAACUCUUACAGUGCUACAGAAGAAAAAUUGUUAAAAUGACUCUGAGCCUCUUUAAUGUGCAAUAACUUAAUGUUUUGUACUUUUCUUACCGGUUGGCAUGUUUAGUGUGUUAUAGCUUGAUUGAUAAGCAUUAGCUGUGUUGCUUUUGGUACUGUCUUUUGUCAAACAAGACAAUUCUUUUUUUUACA